AUGCAGUCCUCCACCUUCCGCAACGAGCUCGUGGUCGUACGGGCGUGCUUCCUCCUUGGCUGCGCUGAUGGCAUUGCUGCCUGCAGCAUCGAUGGCUCUGACCAGCAAGCCCGCACCAUGCUGAAUCAGGCCGCCCAGAUUGUCUAUGUCCUGUUCCUGCUCCUUUCCUACCCCAGCUCCUUGCACCUCCAGAUCAGAGUUGUCCUCUUCAACGUUGUUAAGCUCUCGAUGCGCCUGUGGGGUUUCCUGCUGGCGGGUAGCCGAGAACAUACUCUCGCCGAGGAGAACAGGUUCAUCACCAGGAGAGACAGGCUCAUGCCGAGGAUGGACGUAGAGGAGACAGAGAUGUGGACAUUCAGAUGGCAGCUCCUGCGUCGCUUCACUGGGUGCUAUCCCACCCGCAAAGAGUAUGAAACCAGUUGGAACCCGCCUGGGGACGUCGAAGAGCAUGAGUGGGAGUACCGUAUCACCGAGGUGGAGCUCGGUUUUCUGUUUGAUUUCUUCUACGCGAGGCACCCAUCUCUUCACCAAACUUUGGUACCUGAGACACUAGUGUUCAGCGCGGCGGUGACGCUGAGCUUGUGUGCUCUCUUCUCCCCAGCCUUGCUGCGGUACCGUGGCCCUGACCCUGAGGGUGACGACGCCCUCGUUGGUUCAUCCGCUGCGGCGGUCGCCACGGGAUUCGACAUCUGGCUGACCAGGCUGACCAUUGUUCUGUUCUUGAUGGUAGAAUCGUUCCAGUACAUGACACUGCUGUUCUCGGACUGGCACAAGGUGAGCAUGGCGUGCAGGUUCUCCGUUUCAUCGAAGUCUGUGGGCUUUCACAUCUUCAAGCUAUGUUCGUUCGAGUGCUCAGACUUCAAAAUCUUCUUCCACCUCUGGCAUGGUGGCGGGCCAAACUAUGAAGCAGAGUUGCGCAACUGGGAAGCAAUGCAAGCAGCCGAAUGGUCUGACGUUGUCAAAAGAGGCCCUCCACCUCAGCGCCAGCCUACUCAUCUUACAGGUGCCAAUGCUAUCCCUAUCCAUGGUCAUCAUCGUCUUCCUCUUGCUUCAUUUUCCAUGGAGUUUUCAAAUUUCAAAUUUCACAAUAAUCCUGGCCGAAGACUGGUUUUUACGCGUAUUAAUUUUGGUAAUUAA